AUGGAGCACCUGGAAUGGGUCCGGGAGGAUAUGGACCUGGAUGGGGCGGAAGACCCUAUCAUGGUGGACAUGGUGGUGGACAUGGUGGUGGAUAUGGUGGUGGAUAUGGAGGAGGGUUUGGAGGUCGAGGACGAAAUCGUCGCCGUCAAUGGUUGUAAUCCCUACAAUCUUUGCAACAUUCAGAAGCCCACGAUUCCGAUCGACACAUCCGUUGUACAAAAGCCACAUUGGACGUGGACGUUUCUCUUGUCAGGCAUCGCUGCGUUUCCACACUCUACGCAUGUGCUGGAGAGCGCACGCCAGGGGGGCGUCGUGUUGGAUCUUGGCUGCGGACUGAACCAGAAUCUCCGACUCCUGGCGACUUGGUCGCGCUCCUCCUGGUAG